UUCCUCACAUACAAAAGAAACUUUUUUACUGUCGACCAGAGAUAAUUAUUUUAGUUAUUAUUUUAUAUAACGAGUUAAUAAGAAUACAUAUUACAUUUGGAGUACAAUAUUGGACAUUUUCUUAUUAAAGGCGCCUAUUGAAGCCAAUCUUUAAAAAUUACCCUAAUUCGUUAUACAUAUAAUGGAAACGGAAUAUUCUGCAAAUAUGUUACAACGCAAUACCUCAAUGAUGAACUACUCUGAAGUACGAGUCAAUGAACCUCAUAGUGAUGUUGACUCUCCUGUACAUUCGUGUGCAGAAAACAAUGCUAAUGAGAAAAUCAUUCGAAGUGAUGACGAUGAUGAAUAUAUUUUCGAUGAUGUGAAAAUGAUUUUACGUAAACGCCGUGGUUGGGGUCAUGAAGACUCAUUAUGUACCAAUGAUUUAGAUCUUCUUGAGGAUGACGAUGUUUUAGCUGAAGAAGAUGAUGCUGGAUGUCCUUUGCCCUCUACUCCUGAGGACACACAACUUAUUGAAGCAGAGAUGACAGAGGUUUUAAAAGCCGGUGUUUUGUCGGAUGAAAUCGAUUUGGGAGCCUUAGCUCAUAAUGCUGCAGAACAAGCAGAAGAAUUUGUGCGAAAGGUGUGGGAAGCUAGUUGGAAAGUAUGCCACUACAAAAAUCUACCUAAAUGGCUUCAAGAUAAUGAUUUUUUGCACCGCGGUCAUCGUCCUCCUUUGCCAUCAUUUGGGGCAUGUUUUAAAUCUAUAUUUCGUCUACACACUGAAACUGGAAAUAUUUGGACACAUUUAUUAGGUUGUGUUGCAUUCAUAGGAGUAGCCUGCUACUUUUUAUCACGGCCCUCAGUUGAAAUUCAAGUACAAGAGAAGUUAAUUUUUGGAGCAUUUUUCGCUGGAGCCAUAAUUUGUUUGGGUUUUUCCUUUGCUUUCCACACGCUAAGUUGCCAUUCUGUUGAAAUUGGAAGACUAUUUUCGAAAUUGGAUUACUGCGGAAUAGCAUUACUUAUAAUGGGAUCAUUUGUUCCUUGGCUCUACUAUGGAUUUUACUGUCAUUAUCAACCAAAAGUAAUUUAUCUGUCAGUGGUUUGCGUACUGGGAAGUUUAUCUAUUAUUGUUUCCCUGUGGGACAAGUUUUCGGAACCAGCUCUACGACCACUUAGAGCCGGCGUUUUUAUGAGUUUCGGCCUUUCUGGUAUUAUACCAGCCAUACACUAUGGUGCCAUGGAAGGGUGGUUUACUCAAAUAAGCAAAUCUAGUUUGGGUUGGCUGAUUUUAAUGGGUUUUCUUUACAUACUAGGGGCUCUUCUAUACGCUUUACGCGUGCCAGAAAGAUGGUUUCCUGGCAAAUUCGACUUAUGGUUUCAAUCUCACCAACUGUUCCACAUUUUGGUUAUUGCUGCAGCGUUUGUACAUUAUCAUGGUAUUUCAGAGAUGGCUAUGUACCGUGUUACAGUAGGAGAAUGCACGGUUCCCCAUGAGCCAAUCACGUUUUAAACGUCAUUUGGUUAAAAUCCAUCUGAAAUCGAUAUAUAUUUAUAAUUAUUAUUAAAAGCCAAUAGUCAGUCCAAAGCUAUAUAGAAAACAACAUUGUAUCCAUAAAAAUCACAAAAUUUAUUUUCUUAAAAAAAAAGUUAUUAAACAUAAAUGCCGCGUUUGCAUAUUUGCUAUAUAAAAGUCGUUACUAUGAGACUAUGAAAAUAAAUUAAUAAAAUAUAUCAAACUACCAAUAUGAAUAUUAUGAUUGUUGUUGUAAAUUUCCAUAUACAUUUUCACAACUAUGGUACAGUGAUAACGAGGUAGAAUUAUUAGGUAGAGUUGUCAAUAUUCACCCCUCUAUUUAAUACAUUUUACAAAUUCAUUUUGAAAUCAGCACAUAUUUGUUUUACAAACAUAAUGCUUAGUUUACAUACAACUACAAACUAUUUUGUAUUUUUCAUGGUCAUUUCGUUUUGAUUUUAAAUUAUUUUCUUUUGUUUGAUAUUGCUGGAAACGAAUAAAUAUGAAGCGUUCUUCUAAUAAUUCAUACUUGUAUUGUUUUGCCAUAAUCAUAUAUUCAAUUAUUCUUAUCAUUCCCAAAAUUUAAAAGAAGCUAUGUAAUAUUUAAGAUGUUUUUAAGUUAUAUGGUUGCAAAUAAAAUUAAUUAUUUGGACUCUACUACACUUUUUGUUAAUGUUAAAUAAUUAUCACAUUAAAUUACCUAGAAUAACAUUCCA